AUGGAAUUCAUCGAUCAAUUUUUCAUAUUUCCUGUAUAUGUGUUUCACAUCAGUGCUGACAUUCCAUGCUUCCUUUCUCGUCCGUCUGACUUCGCUCGUGUGGCAUUUGGUGAAGAAAAUGAAUCAAUAGUCUCUUCUAAAUCACAUGAUAUCUGGAACUUUCCUCACUUUCCGUUCGAUCAUGACAACUCAUCUUACGGAGCACCAUUAGUGAAUUCCUGGUUCCAUAACUGUGUUUUAUGUGGAAGACCAUCCACUCGCUAUUAUUAUCGAAUACCAGCUACAUCACGAUGUGUUCUUCAAUCUAAAACAUAUUCGUUUGAGGCAAUAUCGCCUUUUGGUAUAAUUAAUCCAAUUAAUAUUACCAUAAUAGGUGACUUAGGAAACGACGAGAAAAUGAGGCAUAAUUCUACCACGCUAGCCAUCAAGGUUUCAGCCGAGGACACAGACUUUUUUCUGCACCUCGAAGAUAUUUCUUACGUUGAUAACCUUAUGUGGUAUUUAUUCAAUUAUGGUUCGGUUCACGUCGUGACUGUUGACAUCGAAACCAAUCUUUCGGAUGCAUCGCAGCCGGCCCCGUUACUCUUCUCAAUGGAACUGAAUCGUAUUCGUCACAAUGUUCCGUGGAUUAUUGUUGUGGAUCAUAGACCAUUUUUGGGUAAUGCACCGUACCAUAACCUCAUCAUGAACCAUAGAGAUAAUUGUGAUUCAUGUCAGAAAGCUUUUGCUGAGGUAUUUUAUAACUUCAAUGUUGACUUCUACUUUUGCGUUCAUGUUUAUUGGUCCGAACGUCGUCAUCUAUUCAAUGGUGACUCACUAGGUAGAGCUGCAGAAGGUGCAAAUACGCUGAAUGCGACGAGGAAUGGCACUACAUCAGCGAAUAUUAUACCUGAUACCUAUGACUAUACACGAUGA